AUGUCAAAUGAAUCAGAUCCAGAAUUUGAAUCAUUCAGUGAUGACGAUUCAUCGGGGGAAGUCAAUAAUGAAGAACUCGAUUAUGAGCAGAGAACGACCGACGACUUCUACAACAAAUCACGCAAUCACUACAGUAAUGAAUUCUUGGAUGAUAACGAUAUCAGCGAAACCCUGUUCAGUGCUGGGCUUGACUUGUCAGAAGGUUAUGUAGAAGAACGUUACUGCAAAGAAAUAAAAAUGUACGACAAAAUGCUGAAUAUUAGGGAGAGUCUCGAGCUUUGUGCAAAGUCUCCAGAGACCUACAAGCAUUGUAAAAUUGAAAUUUUUAAUGCUCACAGAGCAGUCUGUACAACAAUGGACGGCGAAAUGGAAAUAGAAAUAUCAGGGAGAUCAAAGUGUGCCAAAGCCUUCAAUGAAGAUGAAGUUGUAGUGAAAAUUCUAAAUAGCUUUGACAAUCCAAACAAACAGUUUAGAAAUAAAAUCUAUGGGAAGGUUAUAUGUAUAACAAAAAGGAACGAAUCAAUUCCAAAACAUCCUGUAUUUGUUUGCACUAUGAAUGAUCCUUUUAUGAUUCCCGUAUGUAAAACAGUGCCGAAAAUUUAUCCGUUAAAGGAAAACUUCGAGAGAACACGAAAACCAGAGGUUUGCGUGUACAAAUUCAACAAAGUAACAAAAGAGCUCAUAAUGGAAGAAACAAAAAUCAUAGAUCAGUCAAGACGGAAAGAGUAUGUCUUUCUUGUUUGUUUCAUAAAGUGGAAAGGUGUUUUUCCCUUGGGUGCUAUAAUCAAAGUUCAUGACCCAGAUUAUAGUUUGGAGACUUGUCUGAAUCUGAUUUGUCUGGAAAACAAAGUAUCUGUCCUCUACAAACAGAAAACGAUAGAGAAAAUGAGUGAAAUAGAACGAGAACCUGAUAUCGAGUUAGAGGAAAACAGGGAAGAUUUGACAAAUCUCCAGGUAUUUACCAUUGAUAAUAAAAGAUCAAAAGACUUGGAUGAUGCAUUGAGCAUAAAGGAGAUUGCAGAUUCAAAUUUCGAAGUUGGCGUCCAUAUUGCAGACGUUGGAAGCAUAGUUAAAAAGAAUGACGACAUAGAUUUAGAGGCACAGGAAAGAUCAACCACAUUUAAUCCCGGGGAAGAGUAUCGUGCAUAUCAUAUGUUCCCAGAACCGAUUGCAACAGGUUUAUGCAGUCUUCUUCCAUUUCAAAAAAGGAAAACUUUGUCAGUUUUCUUCGUCAUAGACAAGUCUGGAAACAUUAUAGAAGAGAAAACAGAAAUAAAACGAACGUAUAUAAAGUCAAGGCGCUCCUUUACAUAUCAAGAAGUUCAGAAGUUAUUAUCAAAUAAUGAGAGUAGAGAUGAGACUUUUCAGAGCAAACUAAUUCUGUUGCAUAAUAUUUCGAAGAAAAUGCGUUGCAAACGCUUGGGAAUACGAAUGUUAUCUUUUCCUUUUAAACAGUAUUUCUCUGAAUCCUAUGAUGAAUACAAUGAAUCGUUAGAUGCGCGUAUUAUGGUAGAAGAAUACGUGAUACAUGCAAAUAGUUUCGUGGCAAAAUUACUACACGGAGCAUUUCCAGAUUGUGUUCCUCUUCGCACUCAAAGCGAGCCAUCUUCUUGUAAAAUGGAAACAUGGAUAAAAAAUAAUCCUGUAUUUGCCAAUUUUGUUCUUUCGUUACAACAACAAAACCUACCGAAAAAUCAAGUGCUAUCAAUAGAAAGCGUUCACGAAGAUAACAUGUCAAAUCAGAUACCAGUGCAAAAGUACAUUUGGAAAAAAAUGAAGUUGGAAUUUUCCUUUGGAAAGUUUAAAAAUGUAGAAAGGCUAAUUGGUACUGAUGAGGUUCAUCCACAACAAGCCAUGGCAUAUGAAUCAUGGAAAGCUUUCCAAAAGACAGCCAUUUACAACUGUUCCGGAUUGUGUCGUCAUGAUGGUAACCAUUUUUCUUUAAGGAUUAAUCCGUACGUUCAUUUUACAUCUCCCAUACGCCGUUAUGCAGAUUUAGUUAUCCAUCGACUAGUACAUGCACAGCUGGACAAAAAACCCUCGCCAUACUCACAAGAGGAAAUUGAUAUGUUGUGUAAGAAAAUCAACGGUUGUCGAAAUUUAGAAUUCAAAAGACAAUGCCAAUUAUUAAAUUUAGGAAGACAGCUUCAAAAAAAAGCCUCGCUUAUUUCAUGCGUUGGUCAUUUCAGCCACUGA